CGUUGGCGUUAAAUUUUUUUUAAAAAAAAGGUUGAAGAAGACAAAAUCCAAAACAACUUUAGUUUUUUUUAGAGAGAGAAAGUUAAAGAGUUUAGUGAAGAAGCAACAACAAACCCAACUCCUCCAGCCAGCAUCACCAUCUUCAUCAUCAUCAACCUUUUUAGAGAGAGAAAAUCACAAUCCAAAUUGUUUCUGAUACUCUCAGAUUUCCAUGAUCAUGGAGUAGAUCUUCUCCGGUUCUCUCUCUUCUUCUUUAAAUUCGACUUCAGUUCUUCAUUCACUAUGAUCCCGUCUCUCUGUAAUCUCGGCCGUUUACUGUGAUUUCAACGCUGUUUAGAUCGUUUCUCCGGACUAGGAGUGAGAAAUUGGAAUCGAACGGUAAAUGGGGCAGUGUUACGGUAAAGCCGUCGCCGGAGAAAAUGGUGAUGUUGUGACGACGAUAGUUGCUCCGUCUUCCGGUGAGGAUGGUGGAGUUCAUCCUCAAUCGCCACUUCCGGCGUCGGAAGUUGCGAAUAAUCCGUCGGUAAGGAAUACGCCGGCGAGAUCAUCGCCGUGGCCGAGUCCGUAUCCUGCUGGAGUUCCGCCGACUCCUUCGCCGGCGAGGUCGACGCCGAGGAGGUUUUUUAGGAGGCCGUUUCCGCCGCCGUCUCCGGCGAAGCAUAUAAAAGCGUCGUUGGCGAAGCGGCUUGGGAAUGCGAAGCCGAAAGAGGGGCCGAUACCGGAGGACGGUGAGAAUGAAGGAGGGCAAUUGUUGGAUAAGAGUUUUGGGUAUGGCAAGAAUUUUGGGGCAAAGUAUGAAUUGGGGAAGGAGAUUGGGAGAGGGCAUUUCGGUCAUACUUGUUCUGCCAAAGGGAAGAAAGGAGAGCUUAAGGAUCAAGUUGUUGCUGUUAAGAUCAUUUCCAAGGCGAAGAUGACUACGGCAAUAUCUAUUGAAGAUGUUCGGAGGGAAGUUAAAAUUCUGAAAGCCCUCUCAGGGCAUAAGCAUCUGGUCCAAUUUUAUGAUGCAUGCGAAGACUCAAACAAUGUAUACAUCGUCAUGGAAUUAUGUGAAGGUGGUGAAUUACUGGACCGAAUAUUGUCCAGAGGUGGAAGGUACCCUGAGGUAGAUGCGAAGGUCAUUAUCAAACAGAUUCUGAAUGUUGUAUCAUUCUGUCAUCUUCAGGGUGUUGUGCACCGUGAUCUGAAGCCUGAGAAUUUCCUAUUUACAUCUAAAAGUGAAGAUGCUGACAUGAAGCUAAUUGAUUUUGGCCUCUCUGAUUUUAUUAGGCCAGAUGAAAGACUAAAUGAUAUUGUGGGAAGUGCUUACUAUGUUGCACCUGAAGUCCUUCAUAGAUCGUAUAGCCUAGAAGGAGAUAUGUGGAGCAUUGGUGUUAUCACAUAUAUAUUAUUAUGUGGAAGCAGGCCUUUCUGGGCACGCACAGAAUCAGGAAUCUUCCGUGCGGUGCUUAGAGCGGAGCCCAAUUUUGAUGAUUUGCCUUGGCCUUCUGUGUCUCCUGAAGCUAAGGAUUUUGUAAAAAGAGUGCUUAACAAGGACUACAGGAAGAGGAUGACUGCUGCACAAGCUUUGACUCAUCCCUGGUUGCGUGACGAAAACCAGCCUAUUCCUUUAGAUAUAUUGAUCUAUAAAUUGGUCAAGUCAUAUCUCCAUGCAACUCCUUUUAAACGGGCUGCAUUGAAGGCUCUCUCCAAAGCUCUUACUGAGGAUGAGUUGUAUUACUUAAGAGCAGAGUUUGAGCUUUUAGAGCCUACCGGAGAUGGCCGUGUUACAUUUGAGAACUUCAGAAUGGCACUUUUGAAUAAUGCUACUGAGGCAAUGAAGGAAUCUAGAGUCCCUGAUAUCCUAAAUACGAUGACAACUCUUUCGUACAGAAAAAUGGAUUUUGACGAGUUCUGUGCUGCUGCGAUCAGCACACAUCAAUUGGAAGGUCGGGAAGGUUGGGAUCAGAUUGCAUCUAUUGCUUUCGAGCAUUUUGAGCAGGAAGGCAAUCGGAUUAUUACUGUUGAGGAGCUUGCCAGGGAAUUGAAUCUUGGACCUACUGCUUAUUCAAUUUUAAGAGAUUGGAUUCGGAGCUCCGAUGGGAAGUUAAGUUUUCUUGGAUAUACAAAAUUUUUGCAUGGAGUGACUAUUCGUAGCUCAAAUACAAGACAUCAUCAAUAGGAUAAUCAUUUACAUAAAAAGGCCGUCGUCAUAAAUGAUUAAAUUAGAUUUAUGCCUAAUUACAGGUUAUUCAGGAAAGUUUUAUUUUUUCCCUAUUUGGGAAGCAUAGGAAGAUGUGUAUAAAUGAAUAACAUUAGUCAAAUUUAGCUCUGAGGUUGAGGCAAAAUUGUACUAUAAGUGGGUUUCUGUAGCUCAUUCCCAACGUUUGAUUUUGGUAAAAGAAUAUAAAUGGGGGUUUGAGCACAAAUUUUCUUCUUUGCUCUCCUUUCUCAACACCUCUGUGCUACCCCGUUUGCCCCUCUCCCGCUUUCACUAUACUUCUGGGUUUUGUACACGGUUUAAAAAAAAAAAAAAAAAAAA